CCCAUCGCUACCUUUGGCAUACCGUCGGAGUACCACCAGCUAGCAUCUUCACUUCACACAGAUGACUGUCAAAGACGUUGAGAGGCAGCUCGUUGUAUUCGACUUCGACUGGUAACAGUUCCCCUCAUGUUCACCGCGCAGACCAUCAACCUCCUCGGCAUACAGGUCCCUCGCUGAUCAAGAUACCGACAGAUGGAUAUUCGAGGUUCUUGCUCCCGAUAUUCGUCGCAAGAUGAAAACUUUGAAGGACGAGAUUCAGUGGACCGACCUUGUGGCUCAAUCUUUGCGUGAGCUGCACGCGAGAGGUGGAACGAGAGAGGAUAUCGAAGGUGCUCUCCGAGUUAUGCCAUUCCACCCAGCCAUGGCCCGCGGUGUGAAAGCCGUAAAAGCCGCGUCGAAGCCCUCGACGACUUUCUUUUGCCUAUCCAAUGCCAACUCCGUUUUCAUAUCUACUAUACUGCAGGCCAAAGGCCUGCAGGACCUAUUCACAGAGAUCGUCACCAAUCCCGCAGAGUGGGAUCCCUCUGGGCUCUUGAAGGUUCGUCGUCGAGUUGACCCCUCAGGUCCUCAGCACUCGUGCAAAGUAGGUUGCCAACCGAACAUGUGCAAAGGCGAAGAACUUGAGGCUUUCCUGGAGCGCCACCAGCCUGCUUUUGACCGCGUCAUCUACGUCGGUGAUGGUUCCAAUGACUUUUGCCCCAUCCUCCGUCUUCGAAGCCAAGACAUGAUCUUCUGUCGUCAAUAUCGCGGGCUGCAGAAACGCAUUGCUGCAGAGGGCGAGAAAGAAGGUCUGAAAUGCCAGAUUCGCUACUGGGCUGGCGCUUGGGAGGUGGAGGAACACUUCCAGAAGCUCGAGCCCACCGUCGAAGUCAAGUAGGCCGUCUCGCGCCGACUGACAGGAGCCAUGGGACGUGAGGAAUAUUAGAAGUAGAAAUUUGUGUACUGUUGUGUUUUUUUGUGCGUUUUUGUUGGUCGGCGUGACCUGAUGUGACACGACGUGUCACCUGCUGGUGACAUCCACUGUCACGCUCAGCGAGUCAAUUUGCCAGCACCGCCAGCGAAGGGAGGUGAAGGUCGAGCAGCCCGUCGUUCAUCUUGUCUUAAGUCCAGUAUCCAGUGAGUUUGAACUCCUCCUGACUAGCCUCCUCUUUUGUCUUAUUUUUCCUCACUUCCUCCACCGAUUUUUCUCCUUCAAACUCGAGCGAUCUCAACAUCAUGGUCUCCUCGACGCCCUCGCGAGAGGAUAGCACGCUCGAACCAGCGGUCGUGACCCCAGGAGGCACAUACACCAUCCAGACAGUCUCCGUAGGAUGCAAGAUCUAUGCUAGACGCUACAAUCCAGAUAUCUCCGCUCCCGAAGAGCGACUCGCUGAAAUCCUCUCUAUCCGUGACAAGCCAAAUAACCCUUAUAUCCGUCGACAGUCUUCAAACGAUGCCGGGAGCUCGUCACUUUUCCCGCCGAAUCCAGAGCUGGACAAAUACGAAUUCUUUGUUCACUGGGAUCAAUUUAACAAACGGCUGGACGAAUGGGUACCCGGAUCGAGACUAGUUCUAACUAGGGAUUUGGAGUGGCCGAGGGUGAAGAAGGAUAAGAAGGAUAAAGACAAGUUACCAGGGAAGAAGAACGGUGGGGCAUCGACGCCGAAGAACGACAAGAUCGGGAAGGUACCUAGAGGGAAGGAGAACUCGCUAUUGAAACGCGCCACACUCAACAAUGCGGGCACUUUCUCGCCUGGUCCUCCUGCUACGCCGAGCACUAACGCCAUACCCACAUUUCCCGUCACUCCCGCCACACCGUCACCUGCUCCGGGCACCUUGAAGAGAAAGACACCACAUGACGAUGCCGCCGAAGAGGAAGAGGAAGAAGACGAGGACGCAGAAGGAGAGCCGGAUGGGGAGGUCGAGAUGGAUAUCGAUGCAGAGGGCUCUCCAGACAACGAAGUCGGAACAUUUGACAUCACAGCCCCAGAACCGGUUCAACCACCAGCGCCACUUUCCUCCUUCUCUAAGGAAGAUGAGAUAGAGAAGCUUCGAACGAGCGGUUCAAUGACCCAAUCCGUGUCCGAAAUCGCCCGUGUCAAGAACUUGAACCGACUGUCUAUUGGACGCCACGAAGUCGAGGCAUGGUACUUCAGUCCUUACCCAAAGGAAUACGCCCACCUCCCCGUGUUGUACAUCUGCGAGUUCUGUCUCGGGUACUUCCCCAGCCCUUUCAUGCUCUCGAGGCAUCGAAAACGCUGUAACCUGAUGCAUCCACCGGGGAACGAAAUUUAUCGACACGAGGAUAUUUCGUUCUACGAGAUCGACGGGCGGAAACAACUCACGUACUGCCGUAAUCUCAGCCUGUUGAGCAAGUGUUUUCUCGAUCACAAGACGCUGUAUUACGACGUGACCCCGUUUCUUUACUAUGUGAUGUGCCAACGCGACUCCUCCGGUUGUCACCUCAUUGGCUACUUCUCUAAAGAAAAAGAAUCCGCCGAGAACUACAACGUGGCCUGCAUCCUUACCCUCCCCCAGCACCAACGGCACGGCUUCGGCAAGCUCCUCAUCGAGUUCUCCUACACCCUCAGCCAACAUGAGAACAAGCUGGGCAGUCCGGAGAAGCCUCUGAGUGAUCUCGGUCUGUUAGGGUAUAGGGCGUAUUGGGCAGAGAAGAUCGUCGAGGCGGUACUGAAGUGUCAGGACGAAGUUAGCGUGGAUGAUAUCGCGCAGAUGACCGCGAUCACCCAUGCAGAUGUGAUGAAUACAUGUACGACGCUGCAGCUCUUCAAGCACUACAAAGGCCAGCACAUCAUCUGUCUGUCGGAGUCCGUGAUCGAGCGACACGAGAAGACGAUGGCGAAGAAACGUAGGAGAAUCCAUAAGGAGUGUCUGAAGUGGAAACCGCCCACGUUCACUCGCGAUCAGCUACGGUUCGGGUGGUGAACGCUGGAGCGUUUCGAUGCUGAGCUUCUUCAGGCUUCUCCCUUUCUUUGUCGUGUGUGGAUUUUCUUUUCUUGUCUCAGAUCCUGUGUGGACAAUACCUCUUGUGUAUCAUUUGUAUGUUUAUGUACGAUUUGCCCGGCCGUAAGUAACAGAGCUCGGUCGGCCGUAUUUAUCAUUCCCCUUUGACUGCCAACGUAGAGACUGUACGACGCAGGUACUAUUUAUGAAUGUGCAAGGUUCUGUGUAAGUAAGAGGGCGUUUCGCAUUGUACUGUAGCGCGACUAGAACGAGCACAAGCAAAGAGUAAGCUAAAGAAAGUAAAAGAUGAAGGUAAUACAACAAUGUGGUGAACCCGUUGAACACCAUAGCUCCGAUAAAAGGUUCAGUUCUUGGUAUAAGAGGGGCCGCACCAGCAAAAAGCAUACAUAAAAAUGAUGAGAUGCGUACGAAACCGCAUAACGUGUUCCUGACUCUACGGUCACUAACUUAUAUAGAACGGCGAACUUCAGUGUUCAACAUCGCCGAAACGCGGUCACGAAUCGUCCGCAGCACCACUUGCACCACUUUGUUCUGGUCGUACUCUUUGCCUCAAUCGUCCAAUUCCCGCCAUCCCCGUAUCCUCGAACCCCUCAUCCUUCUCCAGCAUCGCAAACGACUCGUCGCCACUCGAUUCCUGUCCCCCCUGUCCUUGUCCUCUCUCAUCCUUCUCUUCGUCAUCCUCCCUCAGCGGGCCCUCACCAUCCAUCUCUUUGGAUAGCCCCUUCCUACUCAACGUCGGCGAACUUGGCUGACUAGCCGCAGGCGAGAACAAAUCCACGCCCGCCAACCUCGCCUGCGUCACCUCGUCAUACGGAUCCAUCGCUUCUCCCAAUCUGGAAAUUCCUCUGCCUUCGAGUCCGAUUCCGUCGCCGCUCAGCCUUUGGUGUAGAUGUCUUGAAAGGGGAGGUGAAGAUGGGCUCUGGAUCACGAUUUGAGGUUGGUUUUGCGCGGGGCUGUCUCCGGAGGCAGGGAUAGAACUAUCGACGGAGGUUGUGCGGAUGGGAGGAGGAGGAUGUGAUUGAGAAUGUUGGGGGUAGAGCGAAUCCGAUGGAGGUGGAUAUGAGGAUGAGGAUGGUGAUAAUGAUGAAGGAGAGGAUAGGGAUCCUGGCGGGAGUCCUGAGGUGCCUGGAGUAAGCGAGGAGGAAGACGAUGAUGGGGGUAUUGAAGGCGAGGGAAGGGCGUUGGUUUCGGAGAAGGGUAGAGCGGCGAUAUUGCGCGCGGCGUCCGCUGCUGCUUUGUCGCCUGAAGUGGACGCUGUUGGGUCUCCGAGCGUACGUGCGAUCACGUAGGAGGCUACGUCCUGUUGGUGACAUACGUCCAUACGUCCGAACCACCCAAGACCACCCACCGUGUCAUGUUACCAUCCAAGCAUUCAUGACGUCCCAUUUCGUUCCAAUUCCGCACGUCCAACAACAACAACAACAACAACAACAACAACAACAACAACGUCAACAACAACAUGCACCAUUCAUCAAUCACACAAGCCGCACAAAAGGCAUCAGUCAGCGCCUUCAUUCCUAAACUAGUCCAUGGAAGCAGUCUGAACGGAAUGGAAGGAGGACGGGAACAACAGAAAGGAAAAAAGAAAAAGAAAAAAACGCACCAGGAGUGUCAAAACAAUAAAAGGAAACACCAUGAGCAGCGCGAGAAUACGGAACGUAGACGCGGUGCUCGCGACCCAUGAGUCGCGCUCGUACUUCCACAGGUACUGGAUGUACCACCGCCAGAGCGUGGAGGGCACCGUCAGAACCCCCAUAAUCGACGUUGGGCAGCGGUCCUCUUGAGUCUCGUUCUCCUCCUUUGAUGUUCGUUGGCUGUUGCUCUUCAACUAUCACUAGCACUCCUUCGGUGACGUCGUUGGCCGUUAUCUUCGCGAACCGGCGAGCGGGGCUAAGGUUAAACGCAACAAUAGCAGACGAAUUACCAAGGUAAGCCGAAGCGACUAUCCAAGACAGGCAACGAAAGCGACAAGAGCAAAUGGCGAGUACGAGUAAACAGGGAGAGGGAGCUCGAGGCACCGUGCUGUGGAGUGCAAUGCGCGCGGUCGCCGUCGACGUCGGUCCUCCCCGGGCUC